GAAACUAUUAAUUUUUACUUACAUUCUCCCUAUCAAAUCUCACUUGAUCACCUUUUUCCUGUUGCUAAACGCACAGGUGUGUUCUUAGUUCUCAGAAGCUCGUUGAAGCUCUGUUUUUGGCUUGCGCCGUUGUACUCACCUACACCUGAUUUCCCCAGGUGUGUUCUUAGUUCUCAGAAGCUCGUUGAAGCUCUGUUUUUGGCUUGCGCCGUUGUACUCACCUACACCUGAUUUCCCCAGGUGGUCUUUUUCUGCACGGCUUAGCCAACUGUUAGCUUCAACGCUCUCAAACGUCACUUCUUCACAUGGUAGCGGGAGUCUCGAUAUUAAUCGACUCUAUACACGAUCCGACUAUCUUUGUCAUUAACACUUCAUGCAAUCGGAAGACAAAUCAAUAAAUCCAACGGACACUGAAUCUGUUUCAUCUGAUACUUCCUCUGACGCCUCUGUUAAAUCCAAUAAGACUAUCAAACAUACUUCUGGUUUAAAACCCCUCGUUCUACCCUCUAAUCUACCGUUAUCUCCAUCUAAAUCUUAUAAAUCAUCUUCGGCAAUCAUGUCUUUAGACAACUCCACCAAUGUCGAAUCCUGAACCCUCCUACAAAUGUUUAUUCAACGAACAACAAAUCUACUUAGCAAGUUCAAUAUCAAGAAUGAUUUAAACGAUGAAAAUUACAAUUAUUGGCAUCUUGUCAUUCAUGAAUCAAUUGAAUCUUUAGGUUAUGAAUCAUACUUAGACAUUAAGGACCACGUAGAUACAUCCCUUUCGGAGGAGAAACAUAAGAAAAUUAGGUUUCUACUUACGACUUGGAUACUUAAUAAAUGUGAUGGUGUCAACGGUGAACGAGCACGUGAUAGUUUAACUGUCAGAGAUCCUGUUACUAAGGAUAUGUCUAUCACUUACGAUCCUUAUAUGUUAUGGAAAUUUCUUAAAGAGUAUCAUUCCAGUAUCUCGGAGGCCAAGUUGAAGAAUGUAGAAUCAGCUUUAUUAAACAUGAAACAACUCAGAUCAGAUAACAUGAAGGUUCACAUUGAUAAGUUCUCAGCUUUACUUCGUGAUUAUUGGAAGUUCAAAGGAGAUAUGUCCGAUGGACAAGUCGCUGGUACCUUAAUUAAGAGUCUGAAACCCGGAUAUGAGAUCACUGUGAAUAUCAUUUAUCGAGUUAUCCAGCCUCUUACUUUUGAAAAGGUGAAGAAUGAAUUGUUAAUGGCUGAGGAGGAACAGGAAUAUGUAACUCCUUCUUUAACUCAGUCCAGUCAUCUUGUAUCCAACUAUCACGCCAAUCCCAGUCAACUAGUUAAGUGUACAGAGGAUAGAUGCACCGCCAACAUAGAUGCCUCGGAUUGAAAAAUCCGAGGCAUCAUCAGAUGG